UCAGUACCUCAAAACAUACCCCCACCUUUGCCAACAGAUUACACCAAAGUUGAUCUACCACAACUUAAAUCCGAUAUGCUAAAGUGGUAUUCUGUGAUACCACCAUCAGCUAAAGAUUGGUGGGAAAGCUUUUUGGAGGGGAUUGAAGACAACAUAUGCCAUGCUCAAGAAGACACUGAAUGCCCAAUCUAUUCUCUGAAAAAUAAUCUGCAGAGGCCAAUUACAGAAACAGAGGAAACUGCUGAGAUAUCUCAACGACUAAGAACAUUAAGGGAAAAGGAGUUGGCACCCCUAGAAGAGGUAAAUGAUUCUCUCAUUAACAAGAAAGCAAGUAACUCAGUCAUUAGGAACAAGGUCUCACCCAACCUCGUUCCCAGGGUCUCUCCGUCUGUCAUCUGGAAGAGACCCUGGCUGCGGCUGGUCACGUGCCUCCCAGAUUCUGGGAGGUAAAUUUAAUUGUAACUGUGAGAGGGGUGGGAAAGGAGCGUGUUUGUAGCGUUUUAAAAUUGCAACUUUGGGUGAUGAAAUUUACUGUAAAUUUGCAACAAGAAAUCGUAAUUAUAAAGAGAACUCUUGAAUUAAUAUUUAUAUCGUGACGUUCUACUCUAUAAUCUGGUGUCGAGUUACAAUUCAAGCAAGUUGGAUCAGAUUUCAUUAUAGACUUGCCAAAGAAAGCACGCUUGCCGCUUGUGCAGCGUGGCAAUAUUAAACUGUGAUUAAACCUACAAGAAAAUAUAUAUCUCUAGACCGAACAGUGUGGUUGUUAUUUAUUUAGUAUUAAAGUUUAUCCUGAUACUCGGACCAAAGGAAUUUAUUUAUUGAUGAGAUGUGGAAUUGCAACGAAAUAGCGAGAUCUUUUGAUUUCCGAAAUAUCGCCAACUGUAUCCAGAUUGUUGAUCUGUAUAAAGGCCUUAUCAAAAAACUUAAAGCCCGUCAAAAGACUAUAAAAUUGGCCCUUGGCAUUGCUGAAUCCAACGAUCAUGGUAUAUGUCAAAGUAUAGCUGUCUGUUGAAAAUCUACGGUAUUAAAAUCAUACACCAAAGAUAAGUCAAACGGCAAAUUAUAUGUCACUAUAUUAUACAUGUCUUUCAAUGAGCACUGUUUGGUAGUGUUCACCACCUUUAUAAAUUUUGUAAACAGCUUUCGUUUUGACAUGAAUAAGCUUUAAUUUUUUGCUUUAUAUGCAUUCUUAAUAUAUACAAGUGAGAUUUAAAUUUUUGCUUUGUGAAAUAGAUACCGUUAUUUUUUAAUGUACAGCUUGCAUCGUCUAUAUCAUAUCCAGGAUUGCUUGUGUGUAAACGCAUUAUUCACCAUAUGACAUUGACACUAUCAAAUAAAUAUAAGUAGCAAAUGAUUAAUGAAUUAGAGAUAAACAGGUGAUUCACAAUGAAAACUUUAAAAAUGUUAGUAGAAGUAGAAAACUCGAAAAUUUAUGUCUAUUCGUAUGACGCCAAAAUGACGGUCUGUGCGCAUCUGACACUGUAAAUUUGUGAUAUAGAUUAUAGUAUAUUAGCACAAUAUAAUGAUUAAUAGAGACCAAGAAAAAGGCUAAAGUCUUACUAUAAUUACCGAAUACGAAUUUAUGUAGUAAAUCCAGAUAAAUCAAUGACUGAAAUUUCCUCUAUGCUUAUGGACAUUUCUCUGUUCGGCUAUUAUCAAAUGUUUACAUUUGCUAAUAUUUGGGCCAGUCCUAGACAAUACUGUUUCUUUUAAAAAUGUUAUAAACAAGACGCGUAGUAACAAGUGAAUCGGUGCAAAGCGUAUCAACGUUUACAAGAAAGGACCAAUGUAAUGGCCUAUUUUAAAAACAUUACAACAAACGUUUGUUAUAACCGCGCUCGAGUGUGAAGAGAGCAUGCAUUGAAUAACAACACGAGAGAGCAGUGCGAGUAACGAUUUGCUUGGUUUCUUGACUUGACUGUAAGUAAGAAUGUAACAAUGUUCUUGUAAAUUCAAAGCAAAGAAAAUAAACAAAAAUUAGCAAGUAUUUUGAACGUAAUAAUUCCCAAAAUCUAUGUUUUUAACGAAUAUCCCACUGGAAGCAUGUUGAUGUAAUUUGAUACUUUCCCCACACCCCCUCAGGCGCUAAAUUUUUGAUGAAGCACGUGACCAGCCGCAGCCAGGGUCUUUCCCAAAGAAAGAUCCUGGGUACGAGGUUGGGUCUCACCAUGGGCCUAUCUCUUAUAGUAAAAUGAUUUGGCAAUGUGAAUGUUAAGAGUACAGUCACUGAGCUCUCUUUCAAACAUCAGUAUAUGUUUAUAAAAUGAUUAUUUUUUUAGUUGUUGUGUAUUGGAAAUAUAGCCCAUGCUCCCCCUUCCAUCAAGAUCACUCUGCUGGGGAAUUUGGACAACUCGGCCCAAUGAACAACUCGGCCUAAUGAACAACUCGGCCUAAUGAACAACUCGGCCUAAUGAACAACUCGGCCCAAUGAACAACUUGGCCCACUGAACAACUUGGCCCAAUGAACAACUCAACCCAUACCUUCUUGGCACAAUUAUUAACUACUGUUUGAUAUAUUAGGAAAGAUAAUAUUUUAUAAAAGCUAGCACUAACCCAAUACAGCCAUUUGCAGUACAUUAGGCAUACAGAUGAGUAAAGUUUGAGAACAUUCAGUUUCACUUAAUUUGAUUAAAGAAUCUAUCAAAGUUUCAAAUUCUCAAUCUGUCCGUUUUGAUACUAAAUUACUGAUCAAUCAAAUUUCUCUCAAAAUUUGCAGAUAGAACCCAGUCACGGCUCAUUGUAGUAGGUUGUUUGGUGGUUAGAUUAGUCAGUUUACAAGCAGGGAGAGUUGGUCCUUGAAGGUGGGCCAAGUUGACUGUAAAGACUCUGCUGUCAUGCAUGCAUGACCAUACAAAACAAGCUUGCAAAUCAGCUAAUCUUUUCCUUUCAGAUUUAUACAGGACCAUAUCAACCGCCUGCUGUUCGUGGCAUUCGACAUGAUGACAACUAUCUUGAAGCACUUUCCCCUGGAGUGUUUGUGGCAGUAUAUAUUAGCAAUUACAAGAAGAAACCAGUCAUUGGAAAG